CGCGCUCAGUCCUAAAAUAAGUAACAGCUCGCGCGCGCGCGCGGCUCGUGUCUUCGCUAAUAAAUAAGUGGAGUUUGAUGUCCUGUGAUGUCUGCGCUCAGGACGUGACCAGCAGUAGAGCUCGUGCAGGUCCAGGACCAUGAGUGACCAGGCCGAGGAUGUCGGCUCAUUAACGCCACAGGAUGCGUCAGAGCCCCCGAAGGACGAGGACACACACGGCGCUCCACACUUCAGGGUGCAUCUGUUUGACGAGCUGUCCUGUGAAGACCUCAAGAAGUGCACCAGAACCUCGUGUAGUCAGCAUGCUGAAUUUGGUGCAGAGCUCCCGGCCGCUGAGAGACAAAAACCGCCUGCAGGGACGCUGCGUACACGAGCUCAUCUCUCUCGCCCCGGCCGCGUCCUCGUCCCAGACCGUCAGCAAGUACAACUCACAGUACCACAAACUCUUCCACGGCGUCCCCAAGGACGAGAACCUCAUGAAGGUGUACUCAUGUGCUCUGCUGCGAGACAUCCUGCUACAAGGCCGGCUUUACAUCUCCAGGAACUGGCUGUGUUUCUACGCGAACAUCUUUGGGAAGGACAUUAAGGUCUGCAUCCCCGUAGUCUCUGUACGGCUGGUAAAGAAACACAAGACAGCAGGCCUCGUCCCCAAUGGCCUGGCCAUCACCACGGACAGCAGUCAAAAGUAUGUGUUUGUGUCUCUGCUGUCCAGAGACAGUGUGUAUGAUGUGCUGAGACAGAUCUGCACGCACCUACAGGUCAACGGCAAGAAGAGCCUCAGCUUCAAGCAGUACAUGGAGCAGCCGACGUCCUUGUCUCUGGAUGAGUUUCCCGUCCCUGACGAGUACCCAGUGGUCGUGACUGACUUCAGUCCGGUGCUGAAGUGGAGGAGGAAGCCAUCGGUGGCGUCCGUCUCUUCGUCCCUGCCCGACCUCCUGGGAAACUCCACCAGCAGUCUGAGUGCCGUCGACCCGCCGUUUCAGCCCAGCGAGCCUCUCCAGGAGAGAGCUUUAGAGUCAGAGAAGAUCCUCCUCCCAGAGCCCGUACCAGAACUGGGCCAGAUGGAGUACCAGCUGCUGAAGAUCUUCAUCCUGCUAAUUAUCCUCCUCAUCCUGUCCUCGUGUUACCUGGCGUUUCGUGUCUGUAGUCUGGAACAGCAGCUCUCGUUCCUCAGCAGCAAAGCAGCGCUCCCCCUGGAGGAGAGGUAGCCGAUGGUGUCUGGACAGCUCUGAAUACGAUGCAGGCCGACUCACUUGUUUAUCAUUGCAGUGAAAGAGCAACACCGGUCUGUUUCAUAACGGCAUUUUUUUGCAUAGAGGGACUUAAUGAAGACACUGCAGUGCAGCUGGAUCGAGGAGGAAGUGAACCACAGGACAAAUAUCGAGCACUUAUUGCUUGAACAGUAACGGCUGCUCGAGGAAGUACUUGAUAUUGAUUGACCUUUAGUUGGCCAUUAGUAUCUAGGGUUGAACAAUGUGCAUGCUUUGACCUCUGGGAGCACGCAGUGUGAUGGGUGAAGGCAGGUAUGAACUACUCAGUUCAUGACUUUAUCAGUCAUGAUUCAUUGCUCGUCACGAUUGCUGUCUCAAGGUAAGACUGAGGGAAGAGCGAGAAGUCUAAACACACAAGUGUUCUAAUUAUGCAAAUACGACUUGCACUUUCUAACCCCUUAAACUCCCAGGACCUGGACUAAUCUACGUGAUUCUGCACAUUUCCAAUAGUUUCACUCGAAUUGCUACUGAAUAAUUCAUAAUCGCUCCUGACUGAUGAGCGUUACCGGAGUUUUUUUUUAAAAAAAAAGCUGUGUGUAUUUAUUUCCUCAAGCUGUAGCCUCUUUCUGUUGCACUCAGGACAGACAUGACACUCACUGCACAUAAACGCAGCAGGAAGGACCUUUUGUUUUCUUUUCAAUGAUCUGUUUUAUAGAAGGCAAUAAUGUGAAGCCGGAUCACCUGAUCAAGUCAGUGCAUUAGGGUUAUGUUUGUGGUAGCAAGAGAAAAAAAAACUUUCUAAUGCAUCUUCCUUCUGUACUUUUUCCUGUUCUGGGGGAAAUAUAACCUUGUUUCUAUUUAUAUGUUUAUCGGUAGCCUGUUAUCUGAACCUGAAUAUUAUGUGAACUGUGAAUGCUUUUCUUUUACAUAAGCAGAAUCUAUUUAAAUGACACACUGAAGCACUACCGUGUGGGAAUCAGGACUGGAUGUUCUGAGUAUCUGAUAAGAAAGAGUUUUAAGGGAUUAAAAGGGGAACCGGCAAUGAAUUAUUAUUAUUAUUAUUAUUAUUAUUAUUGAGAACUCCAGACUGUAAUGUGAUGAUCAGGUUUUUUUGUAUUAAAUAAACAUAUUUUGCUGAUUUUUCAGAGUCAAACUUGACUCCAGUAAGGAUGAAUAUAUAUUUAUUUUACAAGGAGACAAGCCAUGAGCUGUACAAUAGUCAGAGCAGGAUUUCACUUAACUACUUAAAACCCACCUUUGUGAACAGAAAAGUAGAAAUUAAUGCAAAAGCAGUGUUUAAUUUAUAUUAAAACUGAUAUUU